GUUCCCCAGUUUAUCUCAAGUGUUGAGUUAGUGAAAGAAGGCAUACCUACACCAUUCACCGACUGUCUUUGUCUCCUUUGAGGUAACCUUAAAUAAGCAUCAUGGGAUCCACUGAGAGCAAGAUGCUUGUAUGCGCACCAACAAAACCAGAGCCAGCUAUCAAAAACAGUCGCUUCCUUCAUCUGAUGGAUCCACGCUCUCCUUCAGCAGGCAUCGAUCGUACCCCUAUUCAGGACCCUGGUCUUGUGUCCCAAACUUCUGCUGUGGGAAAAAGUGAGUGUCCACUGGCAUUCACUGAUCCACGCUCACCUACUGUUGGCAUCGCUCGCACCCCUGUCAGAGAAGUCAUGAGAGCAACAGUUGGGUCCUUUGCUCGCCGCCUGGGCAUGCUUUUCCACAAUGAGACUGAAGGCAAAGUCCCUGACGCCCCUCAGAAACGCUUCAAUGACGUUGUGGAGGAGGAGGUCUUCAAGAGUGAGGAGCUGGCUUCCACUGAGCCCCUCCUGACUCCUCAAGCUUCCCACACCUUCAGCUCCCUGGCUGAGCACGCAAACCUACUCGCCACUCCUGUGCUGCACCCCCUCCCAAGCGUGGGUGACGCGAGCCCCUUUGUGCUUCUUGAGGAGCCCCAGGUGGAGGUGGAGAUAGAAACGGAGGCAGAAAUUAGCCUGGAGGAGGCAGAAGAAGCAAGGGAGUCUCCUCUCCACAAGAGACUGAGCAUGAGCCUAAUAACUUGCCAUGAGGGAGCAACCUCUUCACAGAUCUUUGCUGAGGUGCACCGUGAAAGUACUUCUUCUCCAGUACCUAGUGUGGAAGUGGAGCCACCCAAAGAUGGUGUGGAGCACUGUUAUGCCCUUCCUUCUGUCACAGUUGAACCAGAGUUCACUGUUGAGCCUUCCCCAGCCACUGAUCUAGAGGAUUCCCCAGUUCAAGCAUCCCCUGCACAGCCAGAGGAAGCAGAGAAGCUGCCAUCUCCUGAAGAAACAAAAGAGCUUGUUAAAGAAUCUUCUUUGCCUCCUGCAUCUGCUUCAGAGCCACCAACCGUCCCCAGCCCAGAGCAGCCACAGCCCUGCAAAGGCAUCCGCUGCCCCACCUUGGACUCAAAAAGUCCCAGUCAGGUGGUGUUCAAGCCACAGUGGUUGGGAAAAGGCUUUGGUGCCUCUGGGCUAAGAGCAAGAGGAGUGCAGGGUGGAAAAGGAGGCUCCUCUCCUCUCGCUGUCCGUGUGGCUGUUAAGAACGCAACCAAUGAAAACAAGGGACAGUCUGGAAAACUGAAGCAGAAAGGUACUGAAGGCCGCUCUCCACUGCAGAUCCUCAAGGAGACCAACUCACCCAGGGACCAGCGUUCUCAGAUGAAGCUGAAGGUGUCCACCCCAGAUAAGCAGAGGCGUGGACAGAUGGACCGCAGAGUGCUGGCAGUGGCUCUGGAUAAGGAGAACAGAUGAUGUUCUGUAGCAGCGUGUACAGAUUCCUGCCACUUUUAUAUCUCUUAAAACAUGCUUUUAUAUGUACAGUUUUUUGAGGCUGAUCUUUGUCCUUUGUGUAUAUUACUUUUAACUUCCACUUUGUGCAGUUUUGUCCUUUUUUGUAAAUAUAAAUAAAAUUAUUUGCAUCCAUACCUCAGCUUUUAAAAUCGUUGUAUUGUUUGUGAAGCAGUUUUCAAAUUGUUUCUGCUAUGCUUUC